CAAUAAUGCCAACGUUUCUGCACCGUAGCAGCUGCGCCACUGGACACAAUAAAUCCUGUUUCCAAUUAUUCUGGGGUGCCUGUACAGUAGUAGUAGCGUUUCCAGCAUGUUUUCAAGCCGUCCAUGACACCGCCUCUCGUCUGCAAGACAGAGUCGAGGGCUUGAACCACCCAGUACAGCAAAAGGGAAACGAAGUUAACGCUGUUAGCUUGUAGCUUAGCUAUGAAACCUUGCUACAGCCAAACCUAGCUAGCUCACAAUUAGUGCCCACAGUUAACUCGCUGUGUAGCUAAUGUACUAGAGCUGCUAAACAUAACCGGAUCAAAUGGUUUAUGAGACUGUGCUGCCAUGGGUGACAUGAAAACCCCAGAUUUUGAUGAUCUCCUGGCUGCCUUUGACAUCCCAGAUGCCACAGGCUUGGACGCCAAAGAGCCCAUCCAAGGAAGUCAUGAGGAGACAGAGAGUCAGCUGAAGCACACAGGGAUGUGUCUGGAUGACAGCCUAUUGAGUAACCAAGCUGUCACAUCAGCAGAUAUUCCUGCUGUAAGUGUUAUUGUGAAAAACACAAGUCGCCAGGAGUCGCUGGAGGGUUUCGAGCCAGCAUUGCAAAAUGGAUUCAGGGGACAAGACGCCACCUCCAUUGACUUGGUUGAAACGACCAACGCUGACUUUUCCAAAUCAUUUGUCUCUGCUUUGAAUGGGGAGAGUUCAAGAGAGCUUCUCGGAAAGGCACCUAUUCAACACAAACCUGAUGGAACACCAAUAUUUUCCCAGUCACUUUCUCAUUUUAGUCCCAUCUCCAGUCCUGAGUCUGAAGACACUCAGUGCAGUAGAGAUGAAAUGCAUUCUAAACAAGACAGACCCUGUUUCCCAGAAGCUUCAGAUUUGGUGGAACCGUCAGUCCCGGAUAAUCCAAAAAAACUGGACCUCAGCAUGUUUGAUGACUGUCCGAAGGACUCUGAUAUUCCCAAGAACAGUCAGAGGAGCAGAGAAGAAAGUAGUAGAAGUGAGGAGUCUUCUGACAUCUCUUUUAGUAACAAAAUGGAUAAAACAUCUAGAAUACACAGUACACUUCCCCCACCCAGCCAGAACUUUAUUGAGACCAACUGCAAUUCAGGAACCACAAUGGAUGUUCCCACUUCUUAUCCACAUGUCAAAUCUCAGACGUCCAAAUUAUCCUCUUGCCUUGAGGCUCUAGUGGCUCUGCAUGCUAGGAAAGAUCCCAGUGAGCAGAUUAAUCCCAGAGAGUCAUCGGUGGUCCUGAAUGACUGCAUGAAAGCAAACCCCAACAUGCCUGUGUCCCCACGAAGCCCACUGGAAGCUGUGAAACGGUUAAUGAAACCCUCUGAUAGUCCUGUAAGCAUCUGCAGUGAUAGUAGUGGUAAAGCAUCCCCCGCAGUGGCUACUGGGUCCCCCCCUGCCAUACCCAGGGUCAGAAUUAAAACCAUUAAAACCACAUCUGGGCAGAUCAAGCGCACAGUCACCAGUGUGCUGCCUGAUUCGGAAACAGAUGAAGUUCAUUCUGCAUAUGAAUCCUCUCCAUCACAGAGUAUGAUUAGCGAAGAUUCUUACUGUAACAUGUCUCCUCAUCAGUCUCAAAGCACUCAAAGUACAUCUGUUGACAAUAUUGUUGGAGCACAGACUAAAAGUAUUCCAGCUAGUGCAUCUUCACCGAAGGUUUUACGCAACAAAUCAGAGGUUAACUCCAGGAGGCAAGGCGUAACGCAGCCCGCAGCAGUGUUCCAUAAUACUAGUGGUCCUGUCAAACGAUCUGCUGCACAUAAGGGGCAGAAACCAAAGAGAGGAUCAGCCACCACAGGCCAUACAACUAGCACCAACUUCCUCCCCAAAGCAAUGCACUUAGCUAGUCUGAACCUGGUUCCUCACAGUGUUGCCGCUUCAGUAGCCGCACGCUCCACCUCUCAUCAACAAAGCCAACACACACUCUCCUCUAUGGUGUACAGCACCGUCCCACUGGUGCAUCAGGUCAAAACAGCCAGCCCUUAUCCUUGCACGUCCAUUCCCAACACAGCAGCAGGAACCUUAAGCAGACUGUUGAACAACGCCAACCCCGUGCCUACGUAUGUGCCCAACCUGACCCCCCCUCCAGAGAGCAAUAUCAACCUUCCACCACGUGGAUACUGCUGCCUCGAGUGCGGGGACUCCUUCGGGGUGGAGAGGAGUCUUGCGUAUCAUUACAGCAGAAGGAGUGUUCACAUUGAAGUAGGAUGUACACACUGCGCAAAGACGAUGGUGUUCUUCAACAAGUGUGCCUUGUUGGCACAUGCACGGGAGCACAAGAACAAUGGCAUGGUGAUGCAGUGCACGCAGCUCCAUAUGAAACCUAUAGCAGAGGAACAAAUGUUUGUACCCCUGAGCGCUGUGAACCUGGACUCUUACAGUUUACCCUCUUUGAAAAGCCAACCUGUUCUGCCCCUGUAUCCAGACAAUGUCAUUCGCCACCGACUCCGUUGCCUGGAGUGCAACAAGCAGUUGUCUGACUACAAAGCACUUGCAGGCCAUUACCAGAGACAGUCGGACGACGUGGAAGGACUCAUGUGCAAGGUGUGCUCGAUGUUGUUACCCAACAAGUGCAGCUUCAAAGCUCACCAACGCAUUCACGCACACAAGUCCCCUUACUGCUGUCCUGAGUGUGGUGCCCUGAGCCGCUCUGCAGACAUUCAGAAGCAUGUCAAGGAAAACUGUCUGCACUACGCUCGCAAGGCUUGGUACAAAUGUCUUCACUGCGACAUGGUUUUCAAGACCCUUCAAGGACAGAAGACUCACAUUGAGGAGAAACACUGUGAUGUCUUUUACAAGUGCUCCAUCUGUCCAGUUGCCUUCAAGACUUCUGACGGCUGUGAAGUGCAUCUAAAAAACAAACACAAUGCCAGCAAAAUAUCCCCUGUGUUAAUCUUUAAGUGUUCGUGUGAGACGAUUUUCAAGAAAAAGCAGUUACUGUUUCAGCAUUUCCAUCAGAACGCCAACAAACGUGUUACGUCCGUAUUCAAGUGUCCAGAAUGCAACUCGGUAUUUCCACAAAAGCAGCUGUUAAUGCAGCAUGUCAAGAGCGUUCAUGUAGGAAACAUAACAGUAGAGACGGAGCAGAACAGUAAACAAACAGACAAUCCUGACCGGUACCAGGAUGCUCAUUCUGUCCAACAACAGAAGAGUCACAGCCCUGUUAAACACACAGAUGGUCCCAGAAAAAAGGCUGAGCAGGACAGAAGACCUGGUGUGAAGCCCACCGGCUGGACGUGUGGGGAGUGUCUCCAGUGGUUCCCUGAACGAGACUCCUAUGUUUCACAUGUGAAGACCAGCCACGGAAAGUCUGUGAAGAAGUAUCCAUGUCGGCAUUGUGAGCAGUCUUUCAACUCCACAACCAGUCUGAGAAGACAUAUUCGCAAUGACCAUGAUGGAAAAAAGAAAAUUUACACUUGUUGGUAUUGCACGGACACUAAGAAAACAUUUACGACGAGCGUGACGUUGAAGAACCACAUCAGUCUAAUGCAUGGAAUCAAAAAUCCUGAUCUUGGACAAAUGCCGAAAACAGCCGUCCAGGAAUCCAAAAAGGCUUUGGGCAAGGGGCAUGUCUCACAAAGACCUGCUGUGGACACUCAGGAUGCGGGCCAGGAUCACACUCUGAGUCUCAAGGCUCCUCCAGCGAAGCGUCUGAAAACUCAGUUCCGCUGUUCAAAGUGCGGUUUCGUCACAGACGACAGCACACAGUUCCAGCAGCACAUACCGCAGCAUAAAACAGACGAGAACACUCCUCAGUGCCUUCACUGUGGCCUGUGUUUCACGUCCGUGCUGUCUCUCAACAGACACCUUUUCAUUGUACACAAAGUCAAAGACCCCGAGGAAGGGGAGAAAGAAGAAGAAGCGGAGGACGAGGAGGAAGAGGCGAGGGAGAAGGAGCGGGUUAAUCAGUCGGUCAGAUUAGCAGAUACAGACGAGGUCAAUGACUUGUUACCGGAGCGAAAUGAACCUGAGCCCUCACAGGCAGGAGAGCCAGCAAGUCUGCACUGUGACAAGACCUCAGACUGUAAUCUAAAACUGAGCGCUCACUCUCAGACACAAGCAGUCUCUCUCCGGUAGUGAGACCUCUUUAAAGCUGCUUUAAUGUCUUCGGUUUUCACAUGAAAGCAACAAGGGAGGCUCGAUGUCCUGCAUGGAAGUGUUCUGGCCUUUCUGUUUCUUUUCUUUAUUUUUUAUUUUUCUCAGUUAUUCAGUGGCCGUGCAGUAUAUCCAAGCAGAUCCUUAACAGUUAAUAAAGAACAGUAUUUUCACAAAUGAGAGGGCAAAUUAAUAUUUUCAGUUAUUUUUAUUUAACUUUGCAUGUCGGUAUUAUACUCAUCUUGCCUUUCAGAUAUAACUGCACAUAUUACAGCUGAAGCUUUUUCUUUUUUCUGUCUUUGUUUCCCCGACAUGUUCCAUCCACCCUGACAGGAGACUCAGGAAUGUCUGUAAGCGUCUAGGUCUGAUCGAUGUAACAGUGAAGAGGUGGAUCUUUGCCUUUUUGUAAUCGUUUAUUUUAAUGGCUUAAAUUUUGUCUGAAGUAUUUAAAGCUACACACUAUUUUACCUGAAUGGGAUUCAGGGUUGCGUUUUUUUUACGACAUGACUGUGUUGCAGUUAAUUUGCAGCACAAAGCUAGAAUGUUAGUCACCAUUUAUUACACGACAGUAUUCACAAUAUUCAGUUCGAGCUGUAUUUCUGCAUUCUUGGGACAGUUAUUUGUAAAACUGUCCUGUGAGAUUUAACACAGGCGAGGUGUCUUGCUGAGCAAAGCCUACUGACGUAGGCUACACGUAACGAACAAGACUUUCUUUUGACUAUUUAAGCAUUUUGAAAUGCUGUUGUUUUUAUGUUGAUUGAGUGUUUAAUUUGUGGGUGCAUGUGUUGUCCCAGAUUUGGCCUUUUUUUUAAUAUAUUUUUUUGGAAUGAGUGUUGAGGGGAAGCAUGGAGAGGUAUUGGAUGUGUGGUGCAGCAGUUUUGAAAAUACCUCAAAUUGCCAGAAGUGUAUUUUUCGGGCAAGUGAACAGUCAAUGUAACGUCAAAUCAGGGUACAUUGUUUUGGAUAAUCCAGAGCAGACGUGAAAGUGAAGUUCGGCGGCGUAUGGAAGAUAUAGCGUGCUAUAAAAGAGGACCUGUUGACAUGGUGAUAAUAAUACUAGUAGGAUCAGAGGGACUUGUUGAAUCCAUUAUGAUUUCCGAGGAAAGACAUUUCUCAGAUCAGCGUUCAUAAUGGUGGGUACUUCUUGUUCGCAUGUUCUGGUUUGUGAAGCAGCACCUCUUGUUUUGUAUUGAACACAUGACAGUUCCUACCUCCAUGGUUAAUGGCAGUGAUUGUUAAAUGAAAGACUUUGAGGAGUUGCAGGUAAUCUCAGUGCAAUGUAAAAAAAAAAAAAAAAAAAAAAAGUUUAUAAAGUGUGUAUUAUCCCACAUUAUUGAAUUUUAUAAAUUAUUUUGGGAAUGAUAUUAAGGUUAUAUGGUCAUAUUGACUUAACUGGCAAGUGAACUUUUCUAUUUAAGUGCUAUAGGAGCUCUUUGUUUCUCUGUAAUCUUAAAACCUUAAUUUACCACACUGCAACCAUUGUGCUGCAGAGGCUUGUUCACGACUUGUUCUUUUAUAAUGCUCGUCGAAAGAUAUUUGUACUUUUGAUACUGUGUACAGCGAGGACUUGUAUAGGAAAGUAACCUGUGUACAUACAGUAGCCAAUGAACCCUGGAUUCACAGCAUUUCUUAAGCCAUUACAUCUAUUCAGCAUGCAGUGGCCCAUGUGCCUUGCUGUAAUGUUUACGUCAAAGUACUUACAAAUAAAUCGGUGCAUUUAAUUACACACCUGUUUGAUCUUUUGUCUCGUGUUAAAGAUUUGCUCAGAGGAUGCAGGGGAGGGAGGUGUCUAAUGGUAUUUGGAUGUGAUAAUUACAGGUUUACACUGAGGUCACACACUUUACAAUCGUCAUAGCAAGUCACAAUAGCACAAGGCACUCUGAUGUGCAUCAUUCACCCAAUAGGAAACCACCCGCUUCAUGCCAUUAGAAUAUUAAGCCCAUCCUAUCUCAGUAUAACUGGCUGGCCCCAAAAUGACACAACAGCAAAGAGAUUUUAAUUAACUGACACCAACUUUGCA